AAUGAACGUCUCGUCUGCAGGCGGGCGACUUUGGUUACAAUGCUUUCAUAGAAUAAAGGACUGCUGUCGGAGGAAGCCUAGGGCCGUCAUUUUUAUUCCAUGGGGCCGUCGUCGGGCCUCCCAGGGCCUGUUCCAUUGUCAGUCCCCGUUGUCUAGCUGCCCAUGCUACCUCAACGCAUCUGGAAGAAAGUUCCUCCUGAUGUUAGUUGUGCCCAUCAAGAUCUAGCCUAUCUCUGCUUCAUUGACAACAAAUAGCCACAACUACUGAUUGCUGCUGGUUUGCUCAAUCCAGAUCUGGCCUCACGAAUGCGAUGAGCCUAGCUGAAAGCAUCACUGCCAAAAUGGAAUGCCAAUGCCACACCCUUUCCACGGUCGUCUGUCAGGUCGAGGUUGGCAUGCAGUGCAGCUUGCCUCUGGCUGACAAGUCCGUCGAGUGCUUGUUCAAAGCAACGACUGAGUCUAGGAGUGCGCAGACUACGGAGACUCUGGAGCAGUUAAGCUCUACUCCAGCACUUGGGCCUUCCGUUUCUCCAUCAACUGCCAAAUGUGACAACUCAAAGCAAGGAUGCCUCCACCGUUGUCACUUAUGUGACUAUACGACUGAUAAACUGUCUCAUCUGGAAACACAUGCUAGCACCCACACUGGCGAGAAGCAAUUUCAGUGCCCUUCAUGCUCUCGGAGUUUUUCAGAGAAGUGCAACCUUAGGAGACACAUGCACAUCCAUACAGGCGAGAAGCCAUAUCAGUGCCCUUCAUGUUCUUACAGCUGCUCACGAAAGGGCAGCCUUAUGACACACCUGCGCAUCCACACAGGCGAGAAGCCUUUUCAGUGCCCUUCCUGCUCUCGGAGCUUCUCAGGAAAAAGCCACCUGACAGAGCACCUGCGCACCCACACAGGCGAGAAGCCAUUUAAGUGCCCUUCAUGUCUUCAAAGCUUUUCACAAAAGGCCAGCCUGAAAGCCCACCUACGCACCCACACAGGCGAGAAGCCAUAUCAGUGCCAUUCAUGCUCUCAAAGCUUUGCACAAAUGGGCAACCUUUUGAAACACCUGUCCACCCACACAGGCGAGAAGCCAUUUCAAUGUCCUUCGUGCUCUCGGAGCUUCUCACAAAAGGCCCACCUGAAAGUCCACCUGCGCACCCACACAGGCGAGAAGCCUUUUCAGUGCCCCUCAUGCUCUUGGAGCUUCUCACGAAAGACCUAUCUAACUCAGCACCUGCGCACCCACACAGGUGAGAAGCCAUAUCAGUGUCCUUCAUGCCUUCAGAGCUUCACACAUAAGUCCAACCUGAUAUCCCACCUGCGCACACACACAGGCCAGAAGCCAUAUCAGUGCCCUUCAUGCUCUCACAGUUGCUCACAAAAGAGCAACCUUAUGGAACACAUGCGCACCCAUACAGGUGAGAAGCCAUUUCAGUGCCCUUUUUGUCCUCAGAGCUUCUCACAAAAGACCCACCUGCAAGGCCAUGUGCGAACCCACACAGGCGAGAAGCCAUUUGAGUGCCCUUCAUGCUCUCAGAGCUUCUCACAUAAGACCUACCUCAAAACCCACCUGCGCACUCACACAGGUGAAAAGCCAUUUCAGUGCCCUUCGUGCUUUCGGAGCUUCUCACGUAAGGCCUAUCUGAAAGAGCACAUGGGCACCCACACAGGUGAGAAGCCAUUUCAAUGCCCUACAUGCCUUCAGCGCUUCUUACGAAAGGCCAGCCUGAAAUCCCACCUGCGCACCCACACAGGUGAAAAGCCAUAUCAGUGCCCUUUAUGCCUCCAGAGCUUCUCGUUGAAGAGUGCCAUGAAGGUGCACGAGCGCAUUCAUACAGGUGACCGGCCAUACAAUUGCACCAUCUGCUCUAGGUCUUUUAAGCAGUCUCAUCACUUAAGCAGACAUACGAGAGCACAGCACCAUGAUACUGUAGGGGAGGUCGACAACCAUGUUGAACUGGAGCCAAUUAAAAAUCUACAGGCAUGUAGCAUGCUGGAUAGCAGCAGGUAACACAAAUGUCUCCAUGUGCUCUUGAAGGGACACUGCAGCAAAUAUUAAGCCAAGCGAAAGGGAUAGAUUAGUGCUUGAGAAUCUCUUUAAGGCAUCAAUAUUAUCGCCAACAGAGCCUUAAUAAUUGAAAAACUAAAGAAAAUGCAGGACAUGAUUGACUCUGCCGGGACAUUCAAGUACAUGCCCAAUGACGAAAGCACUCCUCACUUAAAUUAUGUCACUUGUACUCAACCACUCAUUGCAAAAAACAUUGUUGUAUUGUAUUAUAAGGCGAAAUAAAAUGCUACUUCUCCAGUUCUAUUUUA